AUGGAUGCGUCUGAGAAUGAAAAACAACCGAAUAAGGGUGUAGAUGAUGUGGCAGUAGAUGUUCCCGGAUUUGGAAGCCUGACGAUCGCCGAUGUGCGAGCUUUGACCUUCGAAACAGUGGAUGAGGCAGAGAGAUUCUACUGUGCAUAUUCAGCAGCAGUUGGAUUUGGAUGUAGGAAGGAUGACAAGGGAGAGUCUAACGGUUUGAUUCGGUGGAGGCAGUGGGUUUGCUGCAAGGAAGAGACUCGAGAUAAAAAGUACUUGGAAGCAGAUGGUUUGAGCCGUACUCCUCGGAAACAGACUAGGGUGAAUUGCCAAGCUAGAUUUCGGAUCAAUUACAAUCAUGGGAGUAGAGUUUAUAUGGUGAAGUUAUUCGUUCCAGAGCAUAAUCAUGAACUAGCUAUUGGGAACCAGAUUGCAUUCGUUCGUGCUCAUCGUCAUGUCAGCGACGCAACUUUGGCUCUAUGA